CAUGCUGACUUUGUAUUACGUGAGCGCAACCUUUUUGCAGUCAUGGCGUAUCAAUAAGAUAUGCCAGAAGAUUGGCGAACAAUUGUCUCAACAGGCCACCAUUGCCUUUUAUGUUUUGCCUCAAAAUCGAGAUGAUGGUUUCUAUUCACGCUUGGCCACUUCGGAGCUGUGUCAGAAUCGUCAAAUAGCCCGAGUUACGGAAAUCCUUUGGUUGCACGACAACAAUCGUGGCUGUUGCCUUAUGCCAUUACAAUCCAUACCCACCUCGGCUUGGAUAACAUUUCCCGAUGCACCCGGUCUGCGACCAUUUCAUUUCGGCAAAUCGCCUGAAUCAUUGCAGCGUAGCUUAAGUUCACAUCGUCAUCAUCAUAAUCGAGAUGAUGGUGGUUUGAUACGUCUUUUAUUAGAAACGGAAACAACACCAUGCUAUGAAGAUCGUGUGUGGCAACAAGAUGUAGUUAGGAUUGAAAAUUAUGGUAAGCUGAUUGCCUGGAAAAUAGACUCCCACCUUGCGGUGCUCAUUGAAACUGAUAUUGAGCACUUCACCAAAUUAUUAAUAGAUACAUUUUUACAAAACAAUUUAUUUAUCAAUGAUCAUCUGCCUCUAUUAAGGAUUGAGUCUGUACGCAAUGAUGGUGCUCCCCAGCCUUAUUCUCUGCUGUGUAGUCAUUUACGUAAACCCGCCCGCAGCGUCGAAGAAUGUAAACCCGAAGAAUGGUCGAAACAUUUAGAGGAUUUGCGAGCUGUUAGCGUUCUGGCCAAUCAGGCCAUUGAAUAUACUUCGAGUAAAAAUAAAACGGAACAUAAAUCACCCGGUUCGUCGAGUAGUGCUAUUAAACCAGAUCUGAUACCUCAGGAGAAGCGUAGUGGCGAAAGUGGAGUUCGGAGUAAGGAGCAACAAAAAGAAUCACCCAAAAAAUUGGAAAAUGUGGAAAAAUCGAAAAAAGAAAUGUCACAAAAGCAAGUUCCACCAGGGGAUGGUGGUGUUGUCAAGCCCUCCAGUACUGGUGCUGCAGCGGAUAAGGAAAAUCUAUCAACCAAAGGCUCAUCAGAGAAAUUUAUUAACAAUGAAAAAGUGUCUCAAAAUGAAGCUAAGCCAAAAGUUGCUACUCCACCACAGGCAAGUAGAAAAUCGACUACUGAGCCAGUGGAAAAACAACAACAAGCCAGUCCCAGUAAGUUAAGGGCCAAACCAACGGAGAUUAAGAAACCCGGUGUGCCAGAUGCAGGGCGCUUUAAAACAGCCAAGACUUCCUCGGAGGCCUUAAUUGAAGCCGAAACUAAAAAGUCAAGUGAAUUAGAGAAAAUUGCCGCCUCUAAAGCUGCAGAACGUUCUCAAUCUAAAUCACCUUCAAAACCAGUCGAAGAGAAUACAUCAAAGGAAUCUCCAAAGAGUCGUCGUAACAAGGAUUCUCCUAAAAAAACAAUUGAAAAAUCUUCCGAACUUUCCAAGGAUGGAAUGUCAUCAACACCCAAAAAGUCUGAAACUUCAAAGACAACGGCUUCACUGCCCAAAAUAGAUAUUGCCAAAACAACAGCAACUGCAACCGACCAAGAAACCACAAAAUCGAUAAACACAAUUGCUGCUGCUUCAGCUGUGCCAUCAUCGGUGACGGCAGCAGCAAUUGCCUCGGCUUCACCCAUUAAGGACAAUGCCAAAAGACCCAGUUUAAAACGACACAAGGACAGCAUCAAAGAGUGUAAACCCUUAAAUGUUUUGGUUUAUGCCGAAACGGCAACGGCUAGAGAAAGUGCCAUCAAUAUUUUAAAGGAAAUUUUAGCCGAAAACACUUACACUAUUUACCCCAUGACACAACAGCAAGUCGAACAGAAACAUUGGCUCAACAGUACCGCUUUAUUGGUGGUAUGCGGUUCAGUGGCCAAUGCAAUGGGCGAAUUGUUUGUUGAUUAUUUUUUGCAUGGUGGCAAAGUGCUGUCAUUGUGUUCGGAUGUCUUGCACUUUAUAUUGCCAACAUAUCGUACAGCUGAGGUUCGCGAACAUGAAUUAGUACAAUUCUCCUAUGACAAAUGGCAAAAGGUCAAAAUGAUGCAUCACAUAUUCUGUUAUCAGCCAUCGCCGGUUAAGAAAAACUUUUCCACUGACAGCGAUGAUUCAGCAUAUGGUACAAAUCGUAAACCAGCUCUAGUGUGUCCACCAAGGUCCAUUGAACUCAAGGAUUUGAAGGGUCAUCUACACCAAUUGGAUGUCAAUGUUUUGGGUACCGAAGAAACAUGGAAUACGCCUAGUUUAUUAUUGGCCAAGAAUCAGAAAAGCGGUGGAUCUGCUGUAUUUUCACAGGUCCAUUUGGAAAUAAAUCCCAGUGAAUUUGAAUCGGAUGAAUCAAAAUAUGCCAUACUAAAAGCCAACGAUAAAAUACGCCAUGAAAUAUUUUCCGAUUUACUUCACAAUCAUUUAAGUUUAAAUGUGAAAACGGAAAAGGCUGGUGCCGCUGAUGUUGCAUCCGGACCAAAAUGUGUAUUCAAAAAAGCCUACUUUUUGGGCAAGCACGAGGCUAAAUUUGAAUUACUGGGAAAGUUGAAGGAUAAAUGCGGCAACGAUAAUGCAAUAACCACACCAAAUUUAAUGAUGAAAUUUUGCGGUCCAGAUGAUAAACUGCCAAAUGUUAAUUCCAAUAUACUUCCCAUACUUAUACAUUCCUGUCCAGAGGAUUUUUCCACUGUUGAAUAUUUUGAUAAUCUCAAGACCCUUUAUGUGGGUCGUUUAGUUAUAUAUGCACCAGUUGUUAGCAGUUCCCAGCAUGUUAUUACCGAUCUGGAAUUGAGUAAUGGUAUUGCGGUUAUUCCGCGACAACAAACAUCCGGUGUGGGUCGCAGUAAUAAUCAGUGGUUAAGUCCUUUAGGCUGUGCCAUGUUUUCCAUACAAUUGCAUAUAUCUUUGGACAGUCCAUUGGGCAGACGUUUACCCUUGCUGCAGCAUAUUAUUGGUGCCGCCAUGGUUAAUGUUUUGAAAGGUCACGAACAAUAUAAGGUUCUCAAUAUUGGUUUGAAAUGGCCAAAUGAUGCCUAUGCCAAUGGUGCUACCAAAAUUGGUGGUCUUGUCGUCAAAACAACAUUAAUGGGUACAAAUGCUAUUGUCAAUAUAGGAUGUGGUAUCAAUUUAGAUAACGGCAAGCCGACAAUUUGUAUAAACGAUAUGAUUCGGGAAUAUAAUCGUGGAAAUCAAAAACAACUUCCUUUACUGAAAUAUGAACAAUUUUUGGCAUUGACUUUUAAUGAAAUUGAGAAAUUUGUCGAACUGGUACAGCAGGGAGAUUUCGAAAAGUUCUAUAAAAUUUACUAUGAAUUGUGGUUGCAUGGCGACCAAUCCGUAACAAUUUGUGAUCAAGAUGGUUCCAAAAAGGAGGCCAAAGUAAUUGGCAUUGACGAGUUUGGCUAUUUGGAGGUUCAGCUUGCCAAUGGCACCAAAGAAGUCGUCAUACCCGAUGGCAAUAGUUUUGAUAUGUUGCAAGGUUUAAUAGUACCUAAAUAUAAUUAA